CUUUCUCUGCUCUCCCUCCCUCUCGGCGGCACAGCCGGACUCCGCGCUCUUCUAGCCCGCCGCCCUGGGAACCGCCGGCCGUCGCCGCCCAGCCCGCAGCCGCCGGUCCCCCAGCGCCCAGGCACCUGUCGGAGGCGCAGAGACAGGGGUGCUGCAUGAGGGGCCGCAGGGGCGACCGUAUGACCAUCAACAUCCAGGAGCACAUGGCCAUCAACGUGUGCCCCGGGCCCAUCCGGCCCAUCCGACAGAUCUCUGAUUACUUCCCCCGCCGGGGACCAGAACCCGAAGGGAGUGGCAGGGGCUGUGGGGAGGGCCCCACUCGUCUGGCCCCCCUGGCUCUGGCCCCCCCUGCGGCCCUCCUUGGGGCCACCACGCCAGAGGAUCGAGCUGAGGUGGACAGCUAUGACUCGGAUGAUACCACCGCCCUGGGCACACUGGAGUUUGACCUUCUCUACGACCAGGCCUCCUGCACUCUGCACUGUAGCAUCCUCAGGGCCAAGGGCCUCAAGCCCAUGGAUUUCAAUGGCCUCGCCGACCCUUACGUCAAGCUGCACCUGUUGCCUGGAGCCUGCAAGGCCAAUAAGCUAAAAACUAAGACUCAGAGGAACACACUGAAUCCCGUGUGGAAUGAGGACCUGAUGUACAGCGGAAUCACAGAUGAUGACAUCACUCACAAGGUGCUCAGGAUCGCUGUCUGUGAUGAGGACAAGCUGAGCCACAAUGAGUUUAUUGGGGAGAUCCGAGUGCCCCUCCGCCGCCUCAAGCCUUCACAGAAGAAGCAUUUUAACAUCUGCCUGGAGCGCCAGGUCCCGCUGGCUUCACCCUCUUCCAUGUCGGCGGCGCUGAGGGGCAUCUCCUGUUACCUGAAGGAGCUAGAGCAGGUGGAGCAGGGGCCUGGGCUGCUGGAAGAGCGUGGGCGCAUCCUGCUGAGCCUCAGCUACAGCUCUCGGCGCCAGGGGCUGCUGGUGGGCAUCAUUCGCUGUGCCCACCUGGCUGCCAUGGAUGUCAACGGCUACUCUGACCCCUACGUUAAGACGUACCUGAGACCGGACGUGGAUAAGAAAUCGAAGCAUAAAACAUGUGUGAAGAAGAAGACUCUAAACCCAGAAUUUAAUGAGGAGUUCUUCUAUGAGAUGGAGCUCUCCACCCUGGCUACCAAGACUCUAGAAGUUACAGUCUGGGACUAUGACAUUGGCAAAUCCAACGACUUCAUCGGUGAGGGGAGAGCCCAGUGGGGCGGCGCUAAGGGAGGGCAGACCCAGCAGGAAGAGGCCCUGAUUUUGCCUGCCUCUGCCUGCUCCCCAGGUGGUGUGUCCCUGGGGUCUGGAGCCCGUGGAGAGGCCCGGAAGCACUGGAGUGACUGUCUGCAGCAGCCGGAUACAGCCCUGGAGCGCUGGCACACCCUGACUAGCGAGCUGCCCCCAGCAGCCGGGGCUCUCCCCUUGGCCUGAGCCCGCAGCAGCCACCCAACCAGGCCCCUUGGGCUGGGUCCAGUACCUAACCUUAGCACGACUGUGUUGCACGUUUACACAGGGUGGGAGGCCCCCACCCCGCACUACCUGUCUUACUUUUGUGAGAGUCUUCGUGCCUGUGGGUCUGUCUUCUUGUGAGGGACCAUGGAGAUCUAUAUUCACAUAUGCAAACUUCCUCCUGCCUGACUCGCUACUCCACACAAAUAUGCAAGUGCCAGUCCUCUGCACACCCAGGCGAGUGCUGCCAGAGCCACCCCAGCGCUGCUCCUCUCUCCUGCCUCUCCAGGCUGCCCGUCCCCUCCCACACAGGGAGGAGGUCGGAUUAGGGGAGGUUCAGAGGAGGAGAAUGUUUCCAAAAAAGAAAAGGACAAAAAAAAGAGCCACUCCUUUAAUACAGAAUCUUCAUUAAAAGAAAUCCUAGCCCUAUACAGCUGCCCUUUUAAAGGGGUGGCCACCGCAGGGUCUCUGCCUCCCCAAGAGGUGGCAGAUACUCCUGGCCACUCAUUUAAAUAACUGUCCCCUGGAUGGGGCCAGGAUGUGAGGGCCGGCCCCUGCCACCUUCCUGGGGACAUUUGUGCAUGUUUACGCCUUUUCUGAUUGUGUCAGUGGCCGAAGCAUGGUAACUGGGCGUCAAUAAACAUCUCUGAGGAA